AUGGAUUUAUAGGAAAUAGAUUUAUUUUCUUCUUAAUUUUCUUUUACAGUUGGAAAAUCAAGUAAUCAUACUAAAAAAGGAACAAAACAGGGUGUUUUUUUAUCACUAAUAGUUUUUUUCUUCGCAAUAGGUUAUUUCUCUUACCUACUCUACUAAUUUGUAAAUAACUAAAUUGAUCCAAAUUAUAAAUCAUAAAAUUUUAUCACAGAAGAGGAGAUUGAUAUUAAUUUAAGCUCUGAUCUAAUCGGAUUUAGAUUCGAAUAUGAUACAAAUUAGGAUAUAGAAAAUUUAUAAGCCUAGUAGAAUUAAACAUAUUUAGUUUUUUAUGCCUACUUUUACAAUAUUAAUGGUACCUCUUUAACUUAAACAUAACUUAACAUCAUAUAAUGUACUAAUCCUUAAUUAGCUGGAUUUUAUUGUUUAGACUUUUCUCCAGUUUAAAACAACACUCUUACUUUAAGUACAAAAGAUAAUUUUUAAUCUUAAAUAUUCAUUUAUACAUAUGGUUGCCUUGACUUAGAUUUUAACAAAAAUUCAACUCCAAGCAACUGUGCUAAUCAAACAGAUAUAAAUAAUAUUGUAAAUGGUUAAAAUGCAGGUUUUAGACUAAAAAUGUUUACAUCUUAGUUUAAUACUUAAACAAAAUAGAUUUAAGUUAAUUAUCGAAAUUAUUUUACUUAUGCUAUUGGAAAUUCCAUUUCGUAUACAACUCUAAAAGCUUAAAAAUAAGUCACUUCUGUAAAGGAAGGAUUUUUUAUUUAAUCUUCUUCCAAUUAUUCAUCUCCAAUAGCCUACGAGACUUCGAAUUAGCUUUGGGACAGGGAAUAUUUUAUAAGUUAGAUUAAUUAGAGCGGAUAUGGUAUGAUAGAGUUAAUCAUGGAUGAAAUUGUAUAAUAGGUUUAAAUUUAAUAUCCUACUAUUCCUUAAAUGCUCGCUUUAGUAAAUAGCACACUUUCUCUAUUAAUGAUACUGGGAUUUAUAGGAAGAAGAUUUUCCUGGAGUAAAAUAAAAAAUGAUUUAUUUUUAAUGCUGCUACAAAAUUUCUACCAAUAAAAAUAUAUGCAAAUCUUAGAAUCUAACUAGUUACUAGAAUAAAAAGAUGAUGUAUUUAUUUAAUCAAAUUAGUAUUAAUAAAGUGAUGAUAUCUCAAAUAAGUCUAAAUUCUAAAAUGAUUAAUCAGAUAUUUUUUAAAAUUAAUUAGAAGAGAAUUAAAAUAGAUAAAUAAUAUUUCCAAAUCUUGAAUUUAAAAGUAAAUAAGUUCUGGACCAAAUAAAAUCUUAAAAUGGUCAUAACUAUGAGAAUAAAGAAUAACUAAAUACUGGAUAAUUAUUGACUAAUAGAUAAAUGGAGGAAUAAUGUUAGGAGUAGAUAACUUUGUAAAACACGAGCCUUGAAAAAAAAAUAAUAAAAGAACUUGAUUAAAACAAUUAAAAUUUAAGCUAUAAAAUCAAAAGUUCAUUUAUUUAAGAAUAAUUUGCUUAAGCUUAAUCAAAUUAUAAGCUAAUCAAACCUUAGACUGAAGAAAUAUAGGUUAAAAAUCAGAUUUAUUCAAGUUUUUCUGGGAAAAAAGCAAAUGGUCUUAAAAAUAUUUCAUUAAAUCAGAAUGAUAAAUAAUUAAAAAAUUUAUCAUAAUUAAAAGCUUCUCUAAGUAGCAAAGUUUCAGAAAAAAUAUCUUCAAUCCUAUUUAAAUUGAAAUUUUUCAAUAAGAAAGAAUACGAUUCAUCUAAAGGUCUAGAUAAACUCUAAAAAAGAGCUAUAGAAAAAUAAUUAUCAAAAGAUUUAAAUAUAUUUGAAUUCUACAAAGAUAUAAUUUUUUUGAAAAAGGCUGUUAUGAUUUUAUUUACGAGUGAAUAAUUGGCUACACUCAGAAUUAUAGGUUGCUCUUCAAAUUUCUUAGAUGAAUCAAAACAUCAGCAGACCAUCAUGGAUACCAUAAAAAAUAAAAGUAACUACUUUUAAGAGCAGUAUAAAAUUUUAUAGUCUGAAAAUCUUUAAUUCGAAAAAAUUGCACAAUUUAUACAAAAAAGUAAAAAAAAUGAACCAUUAACUGAAAUAGACAAAAGAUUGUUGUCCUCAAUUUGUAUCUGA